UUUCUCUGAUGGUGACACAAAUGUGUGUGUGUGUGGGGGAUUGGCUCUUAAGGGGACACAAAUCUGAAAUUAUAGACAUAUUCAGAUUAUUAAAUCAGUUGAUAACCAAGAGGUUUUUGCUUAUGGCAAUCAGUUCUUCUACCAGUUUACAGAUACUGAAUAGGAACUACUUAGAAAACAUCAGGGGCGGACUGACCAUUUGGAAACUCGGGCACUGCCCGAGGGCCCGGGGUCAGUAGGAGGCCCCAUGAGAUGCCCCUGGUACCUUUUACAUAGGCUUUUUUGAGUUUGGGCAAGGACACAGGGGCCCAAUGAUCCCCUAUUGCCCGGGGGGCCCCAU